GUUUUUCCUUCCCACUGUCGCCAAAGUGCUGAUUGUUGGGGUUUUUCUGUAGGGCUCCGCAACUGUGCUACGCUGUCUUAAAUAGUGUAAACGGUUAGCUUAAAUAAAGGCUAUGUUUUCUUGUUUACGUGGAGCAGCGUAGUCGGAACAGCCAACUGUAAAGUCUUUGCUAACUCCGAUGUCGCCUGGUGUGACGCUAGCAGCUAAAGCUAACUGCAGCUAGCAGCUGUAGCUCCGGAUGUUUCAGUAACAGCGACAUUAACAUAACCAAAGGGUUUGGCUAGCUGGGUUUUAAAGUUCAAUUUCGACCCCUGUGGCGUUAAAGGGCGUGGGCCUUUAUUUUAUUCACACUUCUGGCUGUUUUUAUUGAGCGACUUGGUCAAACACCCGCUUUUUUUCCGCCGGCAGAGGGCUGGGUGGGUUUUGGGGGUCGUCGAGGCUGACUUCUUUGGUAUUUGAAACGGUCAGAGGGACCUGAGCAGAGAGGAGGAAGAAGUCAGCCCUGAAGCAGCACUGUGUGCACCCGGUGUCUGUGACGUGUGACGGAGGUCUGCAGAGGGAGAUCGGGCUCUUUCAAACUGUGCAUUUCGGAGAUGGCGGUGCAUGUGACCCUGAAUGGGACGUUUUUGUCUAACCGCUACGAGCUGCUGGCGUGGCUAAACGAAACCUUACAGACGAGCUUCACCAAGGUGGAGCAGGCAUGCACAGGUGCGGCGUAUUGCCAGCUGAUGGACUGGCUGUUUCCCGGCUCCUUGGACCUCUCCAGGGUCCAGUUCCAGUGCGACACCAUCAUGCACUCUCUGCACAACUUCACCUUACUGCAGGCUGCUUUCAGGAAGGCCGGAGUGAUCAGACACAUCCCCAUCGAGUCGCUGAUGAAGAGGAACUCGGCCGUGGCUCUGACCUUCCUCCAGUGGUUCAAGAUCUUCUUUGACGAGAACAAUGAUGGCAGAGAGUACAACGCCUUGGAAGCUAGAGGAGGACAGAGCCUGGUUCCUGCUGACCUCGGUGGUGCAUUUCUCCUGCCGAAUCAGAAACUCGCUGUCACCGUGACGACGGACAGUAAAACUAUAGAGCAAGAAAAAGCAAAUGAUGUAAUCUCGCUGAUCUCCGACGACGAGGACGAUGUGGUGGACCUGACGAUGGAGUCGGUAACAAACAAAGACGAGUGUGUUUGGCCUGAGCAGGUGAAGGGGGCGGAGCCAACAGACCCGUCGGUGGACGAGGGCGAUGUUUUGCUGCGCUUCAGUAAACGAUACUGCCGCGAUGAUGUGGACCUGACGCCGACCGGCCAUAUCAUCAAGGCGCUCCGCAGCACGCCGUACUGCCUGUACCUGUACGUCGGGGUGGAGCUGGGCGGGGGCCGGAGGACGAGCAUCGUCCUGAUUGGCUACUUCGAUGGGUGCUCAGGUGCGAGCGUGGUGAGGCCGCUGCUCGCGCUGCAGCUGAGCGUGGACUCGGCGGUCGGAGCCCCGGAGUCAGAUUCGGACCUUCUGAUGAAGGCGCUGACGGAGGCUGGUCUUCCUCUCUCCAACCUGACUGUGUUUUACUGUGAUGCUCCGCCCCCACAGGUGAGCCGGAGGUUUGAAGCCCAGCUCCGGCUUUUCAGCCCCAGCUUGUUAUCGCUCUGCGGCCUUCCCGGCAUGGCGGGACGAGCGUGCCAGGCCGGACUCCUCACGUCCUUCAGUCACGUGGUCGACCUGGUGAAAGACAUCCACCGUCACUACUCCACCUGCGCCUCCAUCAACGACAGCCUGAAGGAGCUGUUUGCAAACGUGGAGCACCAUAACCUGUCCCGCCCCAUCUCCUCGCAGUGCUUGUUCUUCAUCCACGCCGUGCAGAAGAUGGCGGGCUGCUGGACAGAUUUGGUGGAGUAUUUUAAAUUUGAGGUACAGGCCGUGGACGCCGAACGCAUCAGCACCCAGCGAAUCAGUGUCCAGCUGACUGAUCCGAAAGUCGAGCUACACUUCCUGUUCCUCGCCUACGCGCUGGAGCCUCUCCGUGCGCUCCAGGAGCUGCAGCAGUACGGCUCUGCGAAUGUUGGCGUGGAGCUGCAGCUCACGCUCGUGCUGCUUCACUCGUACGCGGCGAGGGUCCUGCGGCCGGCCGCCCUCAACGACUUUCUCAGGAGGCGAGACGUAAAGCUGCUCAGCAGCGAGGCGAAGCUGCUGCCCGCAGCCGACGUGAAAGUGGGCGCUCGAGUAAAAAACUUCCUGUGGGCCACCCCGGCCGUGGACCUGGACGAGGAGGAGAGGGCUGACUUCAUGAAGGACGCGCGGGUGUUUUACCAGGCGGCGCUGCGGAGCGUGGUCGAGAGCGUUCCCGAGCAGCUCGGAGACUCGGCGCUGAGGAACAUCACCCUCGUCCAGAAAGACCCUCGCAGAGUCAGCAUCCAGAGACUCAGCUCGGUCCUGGCUGGAGCUGCUGUCACUCUGCAGGAUUUGAGCACUUUCAGGCCUUUGAAGAAUAAGCUAUCCAGCAGCGUGCUGUCAGAGAUGGCGGUAGAGCUGCGUCUGUGUGACGCCGGCUCUUCAGAAGCUCAUCAGCUUCAGGGCGACUACCUCAGUUUGAUUCAAGCGACCAGAAGUGGAGAAGCUACUUCCUGGGCAAAGAUGGUGAAUGAAGUCAGCCCCGGCUCGACGCUGCACAGGCUCAUUUUGACCCUCCUGGCCCUGCCCAGCUCGCUGCACCGGACUCAGGUGUUUGCUAAGGUAUCGAACAUCCCCAAGAAUCUUCCUGACAGUCAAGAAGCCUCCAAAGCUUUACCUGAACCGGGCACAUGGGCGAGAAGACCCAACAACCGCAGGAGGAAGAUGCCUCUCCGUCACCAGACAGCUUAUGAUAAUGAGAGGAAACAGGAAGUGGAUAAACUGAGCUCAUCGGAGGACAGCGACUGGACCAAAUCCAGCCCACCUGUGCGUUCCAGGGAAUACAGCAGCAGCAGCACAGAGGAGUCGGGUGACACAGAAAACUCCUCUGAUGUGGUGGAUGUUACAGAAGCUUCCAGAAUGUGUUGGGCUGGCAGACCGAGGCAGCUGCAGAGUCACAGGAAUCGUCAGGCCAAGUCUGCUUUUGUCAUGAGCAGCGAUGACGAGGAUUUGGCAGCCACGCCGACCCGAGUAGCAUCAGCGCGGGAACAAUCACCUGGGGAGCUGGUCUGGGGUUACGUGGGGGGCUUCGCGCUGUGGCCGGCCGUCGUCCUGCCGUGCAGAGGAAAAGCGUCACCGCCAGGGAAGACGCUGGUGGAGUGGUACGGACAAAAGAUGUCCUCACAGGCCAGUUUGCAGGAUCUCAAACCUUUCGCUGCCUUCACCCAGAACUUUUGUGCCGACUCCUUCAACAUCCUGAACACCUACCAGGAGGCCGUCUACCUGUCCCUGCAGGAGGCAGCUCGGCGCUGUAAGAAGCAGUUCUCUCCUCCCCCAAAUGGGAGGGAGGAGCUGCUGAAGCAGAUGUUGGACUGGGCGUUUGGAGGCUUCCAGCCGACGGGGCCUGAAGGAUUUCAGCCCAACGCUCCAAAGAACGACUCCAGGCCGAGGGCAAUGAAGAAGCUCCCCCAUAAAGCCUCCUCUUCUCCUGACUCCUCCAGCCUGAGGAGCAGCAGUGGCACCAACCUGAAAGAUGUGGAGGUGCACCUGAAGAGGCUGUCCUGCAGCUCCAUCAGGAAGGCAUCAAAGCCAGCAAAGGCAAACAAAGAGGAAGGUCAUCCUGCGGAGCACGGCCCCAAAGCACAGAAGGAGAAGGAACCUCGAGGAGGAGGGUCAAAGACAGGGAAACAGGGGAGGAAGGAGGAAGAGGAGGAGGAGGAAGAAGAGGAGGAGGAGGAAGAGGAAGAAGAAGAGGAGGAGGAGGAGUGGCGAGGAGGAUGGAGAAAGGGGAAGAGUAAGAAGGGAUGGAGAGGAAGGAAGGCUCAUAAGAAGCGAGGCGAGCUGAACGAUGACGUGUCGUCUGACUGGAUGCCGAGCAGGAAGAAGAUCUACACCAAACUCCACAACAAGGUCAACAAGCCGACCGCCUCCUACACGCAGCCCGACCAGAAGCACAGAGAGAAGAUCAUCAGCACGAUCGUGGACACCAAGCUGGACAUCGAAGGGUACUGUCUGUGCUGUGGGACUGACAACAUUGAGAUCUUCCACCCUCUGUUUAAAGGCGGCCUGUGCCUGAAGUGUAAGGAUAACUUCACAGAAACCUUAUAUCGUUACGACGGCGAUGGAUAUCAGUCCUACUGCACCAUCUGCUGCUACGGGAUGGACGUCCUGCUGUGUGGCAAUGAUGGCUGCUGCAGGUCUUACUGCGAGGACUGUCUGAACAUCCUCGUCGGGCCGGGAACGUUUGAUUCGCUGAAGCUGGAGGACCCGUGGAUCUGCUACCUGUGUCAGGCUCACAGACCCCACAGAGCGCUGGUCCCCAGAGAGGACUGGAGCAUCCGCGUGCAGGAGUUUUUCACCAAUGACAGCGGCAUGGAGUUUGAGCCUCACCGCGUUUACCCGUCCAUCCCUGCAAACCUCCGCCGGCCCGUCAGAGUCCUGUCGCUGUUCGACGGCAUCGGCACAGGUUUCUACGUGCUCAAGGUCCUGGGCAUCAAAAUAGACAAAUACAUCGCCUCUGAGGUUUGCGAGGAUUCGGUCGCCGUUGCCACCAUCAACCACGACGGGAAGAUCGUUCACAUCGGAGACGUCCGGCACAUCACUCAGGAACGUCUCGAGCAGUGGGGUCCUUUUGACCUGCUCAUCGGCGGCAGCCCCUGUAACGACCUCUCCAUCGUCAACCCGCUAAGGAAAGGCCUCUACGAGGGCACCGGGAGGCUUUUCUUUGAUUACUACCGCAUCCUUCAGUGGCUGAAGCCCAAAGAGGACGACCCGCGGCCGUUCUUCUGGCUGUACGAGAACACGGUCGCCAUGAACACCUGCAACAAAAUCAGCAUCUGCCGCUUCCUGGAGUGCAACCCGGUGAUGGUGGACGCCAUGCACGUAACUCCGGCCCGCAGAGCUCGCUACUUCUGGGGAAACAUCCCGGGAAUGAGGAGGCCCAUCGUAGCCACCCAGAGCGACAAGCUGGACCUGCAGGAGUGCUUGGAGCUGGGCAGAAAGGCCACGAUGUGUAAGGUGAGGACCAUCACCACCAAUGCGAACUCCCUGAAACAAGGAAAAAAUGUCAACAAGCUUCCCGUCCUCUACAACGGCAAAGAAGACAAACUCUGGAUCACGGAGUUGGAAAGAGUCUUCGGGUUCCCCAAACACUACACCGACGUGAGGGACAUGAACCGGCAGCAGCGGCAGAAGGUGCUCGGGAAGGCAUGGUGCGUCCCUGUCGUCCGUCACCUGUUGGCCCCCCUGAAGGACUACUUCACCUGUGAGGACCUGUCUCCUCUAACCACAGCCUCCUCCACCACCUCCUCCUCCUGCUCCUCCUCACAGUCCUCCAUUGCCUCUGCAGAGCAGCAGCUGUCAGGUUAGGAGGAGGCACUACCGUUCAGAUGGAGUCGUUUGAUCAGCGACACACUGCUGACGUGUCAGUUUGUGCGCAGGUGUCUGGACAUGUUGACUCUUUAUUUAUCGCCUAUGAAGUCAUGCAUGUCAAACUCAAACACAGGCUGUGGAAACCUGUGUGUGCUCAGGUGCUUUUAGACUCUACCUCCAAUAAAACUGUGACGACUCAAAGGUUGAAGUCCUUUGUUACUGAGGUGCUCGCUGAUGAUGAUGAUGUCGAUGAUGAACUGUGUGUUUCUGUAAUGAAGCUGUAACCAGGUGCUUUCCUUAAAUUAUCCCUCCCUCCCUUAAUUGUGCUGUUGUUGGUGUAAAUCGGUUAAACUGUGAGUGCGACCGUGACACACACGUCACUUUAUGUUCUUAAUAUUUCACACAGGACUGAUCUGUGGAUGUUGACUUCAUUUGUAUUAUUUGGUUUGCAGUUUUUCUAUCAGCUAUUUCAUGUCUGUGUGAAGCGCUCAGCUCGUCUGUGACUUCAGUCUCAGGGAUUCGAAGCAAGUGAGGAAAACCAAUCAGACGGAGCCGACGUGACAAACAUUUCUGUUCAAAUGUUGCUCAGACGUUUAAACCUCACAGUUAAACAUCAUCACCUCACCAUCUUUGUUUGCUUAUUGAAAUGUCAAAGUAACUUUAUGUAAGAUUGUUAAUUUUCAAUAAACAUGAAUCAAAUCUCA